AAAGUUUGGAACAUCGAACCAGUUAAGUUUGCUAUUGUGACUAAAAAUGGUGCGAAAUUUGAAGACUUAGACAUAGAAGGUUUGUUAGCAGUCAAAGAAAGUUUUGACAGAAGGUUUUCAAACCUUAAAGAAGGCAAAGCAUACAAACUUGUUAUACCUUAUGAACCAAAGAAAGCAGACGACUAUGAAUAUUAUGAGUCUAAGAUAGUUGAAGUUCAAGGUAAAUUGGGUAAAAAGAUUUUAGAGUCUAAGCCAGUGUUUGCUCCUAAAGAGGAAGAGAACAUUGACAUUGACCCAGAAAUGUUCUAA